CCUGCAUUUACUACCUCCCAAUAAGAAUUCUUGUGGUUAAGCCGGUCUACUCCGUAGUGGAAGUGUCAAGUGUGGUACAAGUAGGAGGAGGAGUUUGUCUGUCUGGUUUUUCGGAGUUCUUCCAUAUUUCCACUCCAUCAGCCAACCCUCUACACUUCUCAUGGAGGACAUGUCAGCAUACUAUUAUGCACCACCACCUUCACACCCCCCUCCACCACCAUCCGACAUUCACUCCGCCUUCUACAACACUCACUACCACCCUCCUCCUCCUCCUCCUCCUCAACAUCUUCCACCACCGGUGUCUCUGCAGCACUCUCACCACAUUCCUCCACCAUCCCUCCACCCUCCUCCUCCUUCUUUCUCUCACCUUCUACCACCACCGCAUUCUUCUCGCGACGAAGUUCGCACCCUCUUUGUUGCAGGACUUCCCGAAGAUGUCAAGCCUCGCGAAUUAUACAACCUCUUCCGCGACUUUCCUGGCUACCUGUCUUCCAAUCUUCGCUCUCCUUCCAACAAUUCUCAGCCAUUCGCUUUCGUUGUGUUUGCUGAUCAACAGUCAGCAGUCACUGCAAUGCAUGAAAUACAUGGUAUGGUCUUUGAUCUAGAAAAAGGAUCAACCUUAUACAUUGAUCUAGCAAAAUCUAAUUCACGAUCUAAGCGUCAAAGGGCAGAUGAUGAAGGGCCUGCUGCUUCAGAUAAGAAGCAUAAGGGAUCUCCUGCUAUUCCAAGAGGUAGUGCUGAGUUGGCAGGUGUUGGCAGCUUUCACAUUCCUGGGAUGGGUAGUUCUGCUCACAACACAAUUGGUUAUCCAUCUGCACAAAGUCAUCGGAGCUAUAAUAGCAGAGGCAUCAGUGAAGCAAAUGCUGCUAAAUCUAGCCACAGUUCAGCCUCCCAUAUUCCACAAGAGAAUCCUCCAUGUCCAACAAUUUUCGUGGCUAACUUAGGCCCUGAAUCUUCUGAACAAGAGCUAACUAAAGUUUUUUCAAGAUGUCGCGGAUUCUUAAAGCUAAAGAUUCAAGGCACAUACGGGGCUCCUGUUGCGUUUGUUGACUUCCAGGAUACUGCCUGCUCAAGUGAGGCUAUGAGUCAACUGCAAGGCACAGUUCUUUUCUCGUCUUCAUCUGGCGAAGGCUUGCGUUUGGAAUAUGCUAAAUCAAGGAUGGGGAUGCGAAGAAAGCCCAAGUAGGUUGAAGUUGAGUAAAACACCAAGAUGUUUGAUAGCACUAUUGUGUUUGUACUCUGUAGUUGUGUUCAUCCUAGAAAAUUUUGGGUGUCCAUGAGCAUUUCUGGUGGUUUAUUUGAUAAUCUUGUUUCAGAGUCCUUUGAAAACUUAUGUUGGUGGAUAACCUCUAUGUAAUAGACUUUUAGUGGAGAAACUUCCGAAUCAAUAAAAAAGUUCUUAUCUGA